UUGAGCGGCCUUUCCCGGCAGGGGCGCCGCGGCUUCGCGGCUGUCCCGGCGGUGCGGCCGGUGUGAGAGAGCAGUGCCGUCGCGGUGGGGUCGCAGGGUCGCCUUUGGCGGACGCGCGGGAGCCGCUCCCGAUGCUGCGCUGGCUGAUCGGCGGCGGCCGGGAGCCGCAGGGCCUGGCGGAGAAAUCAUCUGUGCAGACUAUUGGUGAAGAGCAAAUACAGAAUCCUUACACGGAGCUCCUUGUGUUGAAAGGUCAUCAAGAUAUAGUACGAUUUCUAGUGCAAGUAGAUGAUUGCAGAUUUGCAUCUGCAGGAGAUGAUGGAGUCAUAUUUCUGUGGAAUGUUCAGACUGGAGAAAAACUUUUUGAACUUCAUGGUCACACACACAAAAUUACAGCUAUAGCACCAUUUUCUUCAUCAGAUGCUUCUGAGGAGAAUAAACAUUUGAUUUUAACAGCAUCAGCUGAUAGAACAGUUAUUGUUUGGGACUGCACUAGUGGCACACAAGUUCAGAAAGUGUCAUGUUUCCAUUCUACUGUAAAGUGUUUGACAGUUCUUCAAAGACUGGAUGUAUGGUUGUCUGGAGGGAAUGAUGUAUGUGUUUGGAACCGAAAAUUAGAUCUCUUGUGUAAGACCAGUCAUCUUACUGAUGCAGGUAUCAGUGCUCUGGUUGAACUGCCUAAAAAUUGUGUUGCUGCAGCUGUUGGUAAAGAGCUAAUAAUUUUUAGGUUGACUGCUUCUAAUGAUGGGUCAGAAGGUUGGAAUAUCGUUGAAGUAAAACGCCUUGUUGACCACCAGGAUAACAUUUUGUCAUUAGUCAGUGUCAAUGUUUUUUUUCUCCUUUUAGAUGUGACUUUUGUGACAGGUUCUCAUGUGGGCGAGUUAAUAGUUUGGGAUGCACUUGACUGGACAAAACAGGCAUCUGAGUGCAACUUCUGGGAUUCCUCUGUCCAUCCAGAUGUACAACCAGAAAUAAAGUUAUCCCAAAGCCCAAAUGAAACUUCAGUUCAACACUUAACAUCUGAUGAGGAGUGUGUGUUUGCUGCUGUUGGAAAAGGCAUAUAUGUAUAUAAUCUUCAAAUGAAGCGUGUGAUUGCCUGCCAGAGAACUGCUCAUGACUCCUCUGUACUGCACAUUGAGAAGCUUCCAAACAGGCAGGUGAUCUCCUGUUCAGAAGAUGGUAGUGUGCGCAUUUGGGAGCUCCGGGAGAAGCAGCAGCUGACAGCUGAACCAGCUUCAACAGGUUUUUUCAACAUGUGGGGAUUUGGAAGGGCAAGCAAACAGGCAAACCAAGCUGCUAAGAAGAUGCAGGAGAAUACACUUAUGUAUUUCUUGGAACUGGUUGGUGAUUUGAUUGGUCAUUCAUCAGCUGUGCAGAUGUUCCUGUACUUUGGUGAACUGGGACUGGCUACGUGCUCUGCUGACCACCUCAUUAUUUUGUGGAAGGAUGGAGAACGAGAGUCUAGACUCCGCAGUUUAACGCUGUUUCAGAAAUUGGCGCAAAAUGGUAAACUUCACUUGCUGGUGGCUCAGAUUUAUGUCUUUAAAAAAACCCAAAACCAAAGCCAAAAGAAACAGUCCUCAAAUAGAACUUUUGCAUGUGCGGUUACUAUCCUCCACCAAGGUUAAGACCAGGAAAGAAAGGUAGGUAAUGCCAGUUUGUCAGGUUUUAAUUUUUGGCAAAGCAAGUUAUAUAGGUAGUCUUCCUCUCUAGCAGCUGCAGUUUUGCUGUGGGUUAACCUACACUGUUGGAGUUCAUACAGAACCAUUACCAUGUCUAGUAUGAAGUGUGGUUGUUUUAACUUAGUCUUCCCAUAGUACAUUCAUCAAAUUAAUUUGUAUUUCACAAAAAGCACUGGCCUUACCAUAGAUUUUUCAGAAUGUAAAAUAGAAAAUGCUCCUGCCAGGUGAAUAUUAAAUUCUCAGCUGAAGCUUGACUGCAGAGAAACGUGCACCAAGUAUUUCAGAUUUUUAAAAUAAAGCCUCUAAGCACACAAAAAACCCCAAACCAAAGCAACAAAACCUCAAAAGUGAAAAGGCACAAAGUUAAAAACCCAGAACUGAUGGAAAGAAGGUGAGAGGGUGGAUGAGAUAAUGAGUGGUUAGUUACAUUUUGAACAGGAAAGAGCUAGAGAAGGGGAAGUUUGGGAACUUGGUGGUUGUAAAGCCAUGUAGAAGGUGCUGCUGUCCUCAUGCCUUCUCAGAAGAUUUAAGCACUUAAACAGUUUAGGGGUAAGUCUCAUGCAACUUUUCAGUGCCAUCUCUUCCCUUUGAAUCAAUGAGCACUGUUUUCAGUACAGGAGACUACAGGGUUGAUUUAAGAUCCAGUGGCUUCAGUAAAUGCAAUUAAAACAAAGUGCUAAGCAAAAUCUGACAAGAGCAAAAGUGAAAGAAACUAGAGUGGCUUUUAGACCUGCUUCCCCAAGCCCCUGUGCACACUUGCCUUCCCUUUACUACCCAGAAGGCAAGCUUUGCCUCUUGAUUCUGGUCAUAAUCUUUCCUGGAAGGCAGGGCAGAGUGACAGUAAAAUUUUGAGCUGAAGUUUUUGCCCUGUUUAGUUAACUUGUAACUAAUCUACUUGAGUGUAGAUCUCAAGAUUAUGUAUUUCAAACGCAAAACACAUGUAGAAAUCAUUAAGUUACCCUCUCCUUUCAAUUCAUGAAGCAUAAUUGAGGGCUAAAUUUUGAACUUCAUGCUCUUUGCUCUUAAAGAAUAGCUCUUGGCUAUUCUUUAGGCCAGCAUUGGAACUGUGUUUGGAUUACAUCUGAUAACAUGCCUUUGGGUAUAUGGUAUUAAACUUGAAGGAGGAAGGCACGUUAAGCCUUUUUUGCCUUUUGGUCUGCAUUGUUUUAGCAUGUUUUCAUCAGAAAGUGUUGCAUUUUUCACUAUCUCAGUACAAGAUGGGGAGAUCAGUUUCUCUUUGGUUCUUUUUUCCUUGUUUCAAUUCAAAAAUAACUGUUUAAUUUGGUAUAAAGUGUGUGUGUUCACAAAUUGUUACUAAAACUUUACAAUGAAAGCUCAUAAAGCUGAUUUUUUUUUUUCUUGGAGAGGCUGCUGCUAUCAUCAAUUAUAACUAGACAGAAGGAACAUCAUCCUUUUAUUAUCUCUUCCUAUACCAUGAGAAUAACCAUUUAACUUUUAUGUGACUCCUUUUAAGUGAAUACCUGUUAGAGGAGCAGACCUAUUUAACUGAACAGUUCUAGUCACAAAACCCACUGUGCAUUUUACAGGGAUGUAAUUCAGCCUUAUAGUCCUACAUGCAUGUAUAAAUAUUUAUAUCUAUCAAAAGGGCCCUUGCUCUCAGAUACACUCCAGUGUAACAGAGCUCCCCAGAGUCUCUUGCUUUGAAGAUUGUUCCAUUGAAAGUAUUAAUUUGAGUUCUUUGUUUUACAAAUAAACUUUGAAUGUUGGCAGUGAACACAAUAAGGCUGUAGUAGCCCACUCCUGUUAAGUGUUUGUCACUUGCUGUUGGGAAGGGCAGUGAGCAGAAUUAGGAUGACCAGGUUAGAAGUCUUCUGCCUCACAGCCUUUUAAAUUUCUUUGUCUGCUUUUCAGUAAUGUAGAAUUCUGUAUGUUCACAUCACAAAAGUGAAUAUCUUUGUCAGACCUACCCUUAGUACUUAUACAACUCUGAGGUGGCUGUUUCAUGUAUGUGCACUGACAAUUGCUCUUAAAGAGGACAUACCUCCACACAAAUUACAUUUUUGCUUUGUCUCUGACUGUGGGAAGAAACUUAACAUUUUAAAACAAACAUACUGAUUCCACAUUAACGCCUUCACUCGUGAAACAGAACUGAGGCUGAACUUUAUUUCUUAGGUUCCUUUCACCAAUCACAUUUCUUUGUGACAAAACUGAUGAAUUGAAGUGUUUUACACGAUUGGAGUCUUACAGUGUUGCUGCAUUUAACAAAUUAAGACAACAGCAUUUUGAAUCUUGUGAAAUUCUUUUCUCCAACAUGAGCUACAGUGAGCAUUCAGUCAUCAGAAUAGUUAAGGUACGACCACCAAGAGCACUAGUUCUACAUACGGCAAUGAUAAAAGGCAAACCGUUGGUAGCACAAAGAACAGAGGUUCCAUUUAUCUGAACAAAAACCCAUUGAGGAAUGUUGUGAUAGAUAAAAACAAUGAAUAAACAUACUUCACCAGAAACACCAUUCUUCAACUAUACACAAUGCAGCAUUUUAAUACACAGCAACCUGCCUUAGCUAUGACAAAAGUAAGGUUGUAUUACAAUUCUAACAAAAAUAUAGCUUAUAUACAUUUCUCUGCACAUACAUUUUAUGAAUGUAUCUUUUUGUUUCAGAACUUGGUACAAAACAUACAAAACAGGUUGGCACAUUAUGUAAGCUACCUGCAGUAGGCAACAAUCAUUGUCACUUUCACAGUAAUCUAAACUCAGUUUGUGUCGUUUGGUUUUUUUUUCCCUUUACCAGGUUCAAUUACUGAUACAUCAUAGGUAAAGAGCAUGUCCCAAGGCCUCCCCUUUUAGUGACUACUGGACUGUUUCAAUUGCAGGCAAGAGCGUCAAAGAGCUUUGACACUCUUGCCUGCAGCCUGCAGUGCACAGUGUUAAAAAUCAGCAGUUCUGCAAAUACUUAUUAACUGAAUAGUCUGAGAAUAGUCUAAAAUUUGAACUCAUGUUCAUGUUCUGCAUGUGAUUAAAGUGAGAUGUACAAAAAUAUGAAUUUGUGCUUUGUAAGCUGUAGCAUAAAUUUUGUAUAUGAAGACUAAUGAAAAACUAUGUUUGAUUUCUAAUUUAUUUACAUAUUUGAAAAUACUUUUAUACAUCACAAAGCAAACCAGCACUUUAUCAGGAGAGAAAAAGCAGUACAAAUUAUUAUGCUGUUACAAAUUAUAACCUGAAACUUUUUUUUUUUAAAGCCACAGGUUAGUCAUAGGAGUAAGUAGCACAAUAUGUGGGUUUAUAAUAAGAUUUAGGUCAUUUUAAUAAAAUUGAUGACCAUGUGUACAAACACCACUUUAUAAAAAAGGAUGUUGAUCAAAUGCCUCAAUAGUUUUUGUGUAAAAUUUGAUUAAAUAUUACAUGUUAGGAUCUAAGAUAGCAGAGAAUCAUGUGGCUGACAUGAAUUUCACAGAACAUUCUUAUUUUCCUCAUUGUGUGACUGAUUUUAAGGCAAAUCCUACUAAGAUUUUACAUUGAAAAGAGGGAGGAGGUGGUGCUCUGAGAGAGACUCUCUGUAAUACAUUGUUUUAAAUGUUAUGGGGCUUUUUACUGUAUCCAAUUAAUCCAGGUUUACUUAUUCUACUGAGCAUAUUCUCUUUAGGACUAUGAUUCAUUCAGAGGGUGAAGAACAUUGCUAGGACUGGAGCAGUUUUAUGGUAGAUAAGGGGGAAGUGUUUAUGCAUAUUUGUCAACUAAUUCUUACUCUACUGGUGACUAGAUUACCUCUCUGUGUGAGAGGAAGUUGUGUGAAGUGUUAGUGAAUACAGUUGCAUCAGCUACAAGAUUUGGCAAAUACAUAUUUGGUAUUAGAAAUUAGUUUCAGGAGUACGCUUUCUGCCACAAUGUUAUUUCUGAAUCUAUGAAUUAUGUACCCUCUUGGAAAACAUUUUUCUGUAGGAUUCAGAGGAGCUUCAAAGUGAUGAAUAAAAUAUUUUCUUCUUGUCA